AAUUUAUAAUUAUAAUGAUGCUCCGCGUCAACAUCCACUUGUCUCCAUUCCUCCUCCCUUUCAAUGGAUUAUUCCUCCCUCCUCUGUCUUCUUCUUCCUCCUCCUCCUCCUCCUCCUCCAUCCCUCCAUUUUCUAACCCUUCUUCACCUGCAGCACUCAUGAUGCUGCCUAAACCCAAUACCACCUUCUUCUUCUUCUUCUUCUUCAUUACUCUUAACCUCCUCUUCCUCUUUCCUCCCCUUACUCAUGCCCUCUGUAACCCCCUCGAUUACGAUUCUCUUCUCUCCUUCGCCACCACCUUUCCCUCCCUUAACUGGUCUGCUUCCCUCGAUUGCUGCUCCUGGGAUGGAAUCUCUUGUGAUCCUUCCGGAGAUCGAGUCAUCCACUUGUCUCUCCCUGCCAAAGGUCUUCGCGGCUCCAUCCCUUCUUCUCUUCUGAAUCUCACCUCUCUCUCUCUCCUCAACCUCUCUUGUAAUUUCCUUUCUGGUCCCCUCCCCAAUGGACUUUUCUCCUCUUUGAACGCUCUUCGUACCAUUGACUUGAGCUACAAUCGCCUUUCUGCUCACUUACCUCACACCUUUCCUGCCACCCUCCAAUCUCUCAAUCUCUCCAGCAAUCAUUUCAAUGGCACCAUUCUUCUCAACUCCCCUCAAACCUUAACGUCUCUCAAUAUCAGCAACAACAGCUUCACCGGCCCCAUUCCUCCCUCUAUCUGCAUCACCUCCCCGGCUUUACUCAUCCUUGAUUUCUCUUUAAACGACUUCACCGGAAACAUCCCCCCAGGCUUUGGCGAUUGUUCUAAACUCCAGGUUUUGAGUUUGGGAUUCAACAAUCUCACGGGACAGAUUCCUGUUGAUAUCCAUGGCGCCCGAUCGCUGCAACUGCUAUCUUUACCUGGAAAUUAUCUUACGGGAACCAUUCAUCAAAGCAUCACCAACCUCACCAACCUUAGGACCCUUGCUCUGUUUGGUAACUUGUUUUCUGGUUCCAUUCCUCGGAAUAUUGGGAAGCUGUUGUUCUUGGAGAGGUUGGAACUUCACAUUAAUGAUCUCAAUGGAACCCUGCCCCAAUCCUUGAUCAAUUGCACCAAGCUUCAGCUGCUAAAUGUGAGGGUCAACUCUUUAGUUGGCAGGCUUGAUGAUUUUGAUUUCUCCAAUUUCAGUCAACUGAUUAUAGUUGACUUUGGUGAAAAUCAAUUUACGGGUAUGCUGCCUAGAACUCUUUUCUCUUGCAAAUCACUGACCGCAAUUCGAGUGGCCACCAAUAAGCUAGACGGGGAAGUCUUGCCUGACGUACUCAAUUUGCCAUCUUUGUCUUUCCUCUCCCUUUCAAACAAUACCCUCAAGAAUAUCACCAAAGCAUUCAGUAUUCUGAGCAGACAUCAGAAUCUCACUACUCUCAUCCUCUCCAAGAACUUCUUCAAUGAAACCCUUCCAGAUGGAGGGAUUUCCGGGUUUCUUCAUCUUAAGAUAUUGGGGCUAGGUGGUUGCAAAUUGUUUGGUCAAAUUCCGACUUGGCUGAGAUCAUUAACAAACCUGGAGGUAAUCGAUCUCUCUCAAAAUAAUAUCCAUGGCACAAUUCCAGGUUGGCUACAGACACUUCCAAGCCUUUUUUAUCUAGACUUAUCUAAUAAUUCUCUUUCCGGAGGAUUCCCUGUUGAGCUUACUACACUUCCAGCACUUGGAUCGCAGCAAGUUCUUGAUCAUGUAAACAGUAGUUACUUGGAACUCCCUGUAUUUGUUCAGCCGCAAAAUGCUUCCUAUUUGCAGUACAACCAGCUGGCCACCCUGCCGCCAGCGCUGUACCUAGCAAGCAAUCACCUGAGUGGUGAAAUCCCCGUUGAGAUUGGUCAUCUGCAGUCAAUUCACGUCCUUGAUCUCAGCCGAAACAAUUUCUCUGGCACCAUUCCCAGUGCAAUAUCAAAUCUCACGAACUUGGAAAAGCUGGACCUCUCUCAUAAUCUUCUAUCUGGUGGGAUCCCUGCGUCGCUUAAAAGCCUCUACUUCUUGUCUUUUUUCAAUGUCGCAAACAACAAUCUACAAGGUCCCAUACCAGCUGGGGGCCAAUUUGACACCUUCCUGAACCAGAGUUAUGAAGGCAAUCCAGGGUUGUGCGGCCCUCCCAUGCACAACCUUUGUGGGAAUCGAUCAGCCACGACAGGUGCUUCAGGACAUAAGAAAGGCCCAAACAAGAAAAUGAUUGUUGGACUUAUCCUUGGUAUAUGUUUUGGAGUUGGCGUCACUCUGACUUGUCUAGCAUUGUGGAUAUUGUCCAAAAGAAGGAUUCUCCCAAGGGGUGAUCCGGAGAUAUUUCAUAUGGACAUGGUAUCCUUCAAUUCUACAUCAGCUGCAGACGUUCCCAAGGAUACAAGUGGGGUCAUAUUGUUCCCAAACAAUGCAAAAGAUAUCAAGCAUCUGACAGUAUCUGAUAUCUUGAAAGCAACAGAGGAUUUCAGUCAAGCAAAUAUCAUCGGUUGUGGGGGUUUUGGCUUGGUUUAUAAAGCAACUUUGGCAAAUGGAACAAGACUGGCUGUUAAGAAGCUUUCAGGAGAUAUGGGUCUCAUUGCAAGAGAAUUUAAAGCAGAAGUAGAGGCAUUAUCGACAGCCCAGCACAAAAAUCUGGUUUCUUUACAAGGUUACUGUGUACAUGAUGGCUCUCAGCUGCUGAUAUACUCGUAUAUGGAAAAUGGAAGCUUGGAUUACUGGCUACAUGAGAAGACUGAUGGAGCAUCCAAACUUGACUGGCCAACCAGAUUGAAGAUUGCCCAGGGAGCAAGUUGUGGACUGGCUUACAUGCACCAGGUAUGUGAACCACAUAUUGUGCAUCGUGACAUAAAGUCCAGCAACAUCCUUCUUGAUGAACAAUUCGAAGCAUAUGUGGCCGAUUUUGGACUGUCUAGAUUGAUUCAACCAUAUAAUACACAUGUCACCACUGAGUUGGUUGGCACCCUGGGCUAUAUUCCACCAGAAUACAGCCAAUCAUGGAUAGCCACUUUGAGAGGAGACAUAUAUAGUUUCGGGGUUGUCAUGCUUGAGCUACUUACAGGAAAGAGGCCCAUGGAGGUAUUCAGGCCAAAGGCAUCUAGAGAAUUGGUUGUGUGGGUGCAACAACUAAGAAGAGAAGGGAAACAGGAUGAAGUAUUUGAUCCCCUCCUGAGAGGCAAGGGCUUUGAAGAAGAGAUGCUGCAGGUUUUUGAUGUUGCCUGCAUGUGUGUGAACAUAAACCCUGUUAAGAGGCCAACUAUUAAUGAGGUGGUUGAUUGGCUCCAUAAUGUUGGGUCCAACCAUCGGAUACCCAAAUAAGGGAAUGUGUAAAAAUAUAUAGCUUUGAAGAAAUCACAGUUUUAUAGCAUUCCAAACCGUGUUGUCAAUGUACUUGUAAUUAGUUGUCUGUACAGAAAAUUUCCCUUAAUUUUUUCUUACUUUUGCCUUCUAGUUUGUGGUUAGUUAUGUGAAGGAAUUUUUACUUGAUGACAGUGCAUUAAUGUAUAAAGAGACAUCUGAACCUCUUACAAUUCUAAAUUUUUUCUAGGUAUGGCUUGUAAAUAGAAACAUCCUAUUCAUACUCCU